AUGUGCAGACGCAGACAUCAUAACAGACAUCAUAACAGACAUUAUAAUCGUCGCAAUCACGACGUUCACGAUGCCUUUUCCGACUGGGCAUUUACCACCUGGGCUCAUAAUUGGAGCUCUCCUCACAACUCCCCCCAUUCUGUAUCUACUGCAUUUUCUCGUGGCUGUUCUCACCAGGGGCGUUCGCAUCUUUCGCGUCGCGAACUAGAGAAACAAACCAUAGUUCUCCAACGCAUGUUCCCAAAUUACAGUCCUAACUUCAUUCGCGCAUGCCUAGAGCAAGAAACUUCAAACCAUACUCAGCGAGUAGCCAAUAAGUUAUCAGAGAUGGCAAAUCCUGGAUCAUCGGUGAAUACCAGGAGAGAAGAGACACAGAAAUUACCUACCGAAGACGAUGCUCCACCGCCGUAUGAGGAAGCUGUGUCGACUGUGCCUGUUAACGAAAGUAAUCAGCGACCUUCCUAUGGUGAAUAUAUUUCCACAGAUGACUGGCAUAUCAACCACGAUGGGAAUCACCAUGGACUUUCCGUGAGAAAUCUAUUCGAUAAGCUGACGUCAUCACCCGUCGAUAAAGCAUAUAGUAAACGAUUAUCAACGUGGGCACGCCCUGUUCCUCAGACUUUUCAGCAAAGAGUGUUAUCUCGCAGCUACAACGUGUUAACAAAAGAAGGACAUUCUAUACUCAGCGGAUUUAAAGAAGAGUAUCCUUCAUCUGAACUCACAUUACACGAUAUCAACCCAUCGGAUUGGAAUAGCUUUAUCGAAGGGUUGAACUCUGUUAUUGGAAUUCGUACAAUUACAGAACUUCCGAUUCUCGGUCGUAGGAAACUCAUUUGCCUAGGUUGGAAUAUCUUGGUCAAGCGUAUAGUUGAUAAGGAGCAGAUAGCCAUCACUGUUAACAAAGUGCGCGAUUACAUAUCCAGAUGGAAUCAGAAUUUCUUCGUGCCUAGGAACAUAACCGUUGAAUUUGUUGAAGCAAAUACGCCGGCUCAUCGGUUGAGAAGAAAGGGAAGAGAUGUUCACUAUUUGUUAGUUAGAUCGUGUUGA